GAACUGAGUGUAACGAUACUGCCGGCAUGGUUUGUGGAAGUAAUAGCUAUGUGCAGCCCGACCUUCAAGUCAGAAUGGCCCUUUGUGGGAGAGUUCCUUCAUCUGUAGCCUUCUCUUGUUGUGGCUGGAUGCUUCCAGCUGAAGCCUGAAGAAUGUUGAAUGCUGUCGGACCCAGAAUGUGCUUCCAUUGUAAAGACCCAUAAAUCCCAGCUGCACCUGUGGGGGAGAGGAGAAGGAUUUGCUGUCAUGGCUGGUGUUUGGGAUGCUGUAUCCUGCCUAUUAUUCAUACAAAGCUGUGAAGACAAAAAAUGUGAAGGAAUAUGUUCGCUGGAUGAUGUAUUGGAUUGUAUUUGCUCUCUAUACAGUUACUGAAACAAUAACUGAUCUAACAAUCUCUUGGUUUCCACUGUAUUAUGAGCUGAAGAUUGCUUUCGUUAUUUGGCUCCUUUCUCCAUAUACUAGAGGGGCGAGUUUAAUGUACAGGAAACUUCUCCACCCUCUUCUUUCUUCUAAAGAAAGGGAGAUUGAUGAGUACAUCAUACAAGCCAAAGAAAGAGGCUAUGAGACCAUGGUGAAUUUUGGAAGACAGGGGUUGAAUUUGGCAGCAACCGCUGCAGUGACAGCAGCUGUGAAGAGUCAGGGUGCAAUAACUGAGAAACUGAGAAGUUUCAGUAUGCAUGAUUUGACUGCUAUACAAGGAGAUGAACCAGUAGGCCAGAGACCCUAUCAGACACUGCCAGAAGCAAAAAAGAAAACCAGAGCUGCUGCAAAUGAAUCUGCAGGUUUUCCACUGGAAAAAAAUCCUGGAGAUGAUAGAACAGAUGAAGAGGUGGAAGGAACACAUUCAGAGGAUGAAAUGUUUGCUCAGAGAGGCCUUCGAAGAACUCAAAGCAUGAAAUCUGUGAAAACUAUUAAAGGACGUAAAGAGAUACGAUACGGAUCACUGAAAUACAGAGUAAAGAAGAGACCCAAUGUGUACUUCUAACUUUAUUGCACAAUGCCUGUGAGACAAACUGCUGUAUUAUAACAACUUGAAUUCGAGACUUCAAGUGUUAAAGAUCUGUGUAUGAUUCAUAUAAUGAAUAUAUAUGAAUAGAUGCGGUAGGACUUGGGUUUAUGAGCCUAAAUGAGUGGGUAAUGAAUUACUCUGCUUUUCUGUAAUCGCUUAUUGUUAGACUUAAAUCUGGAGAAGCUAUAGGAUAAAUUUCAGCGCUUUGUAAAUAAGGAUUAAAUGAGUUACAGGAAACAGCCUGACUUUUCCAGAGGUAUUGAACAGAAUGAAAUAAUUACAAGCUCAAACUAAUCUGCAGAAGCUGUAAGUGUUUGGAGCUUGUGAAUGUCAAACCUGUAGUAUCCUCUAGUUUACAUGGAAAAAAAAAAAAUAGGUAUACUUGAAAUAUUUUUCUGAACUGCAGUUCCUGAAAAGGCCUUCAUGUAAUUUAAAAAUGUACAGUUUAAGGAACAGUGGGUGAUAGCAAGGAAGGAAAAGUAAAGAUAUCCUGUAUCCUUAAGAUCAUCUUUUUACCAUGUAUUUCCAAGCUUAACAAACUUGUAUAAUAGUAAUAGGUGCAAAAUGGGGGUACAUUUAGCACUUUAUGCAAAACUGUAGAGUUUUGCACACGUACUGAUUUACAGCUGCAUAUGUAAUUUUAGUUAAUUCUUAGGCAGGUUAGACUUAUGCUGUAGGCUUUUUAUAACUCACCUUGAUUGCUUAGGCAAGCUUAGGAUGCUGUAGAUAAUCACAGAUAACACUUAACAAUAUUAUCAGGUGCCUUUCUGUGUCUUACAGGGCUGUAGUAUUAUCUGUUUUUUGUUUGUUUUACUUGGUUGUGGGUUUUUUUCCCUUCCCCCUUCAGCUAGAGAUAUAACAGGAAUUAACUCAGUUUUUGGUUAGAAUUGUGGUAAGUUAAACUUGUAGCAGUUCUGGUGACAGACCUCAGGGAUCUGAGCAGCCCAUCAACUGCAUAGGAUAAGUCAUGCUGAAGUGGCAGCAUGUAUGAUAGAUUAUUCAGUCCCUGGUUUGGUUUUGCUCUGUGUUCCUAUAGGAAUAUAUAUAUAUUUAGAACAUGUAUAUGUGUAUAUUUCUCCUGGUGUGUAGAUUCUAGAAUUGGCUAUGUAGUUUUUUAUCGAUAAAAUUAUUACUAAAAUACUGACUUACAAAUAGCUUUUUUAAAAAUCUAGCUCAUCGAAUCAGCCUUGUCAUAACCUGAUGUCCAUGGUAUAACUCUUUGCACAGAGAUUAAUUUCAGAAUGCCAUACUUGUCAAAUUGACCUCUCAACAUUCCCUUCGAUGCUGUUUUCUGUAAUUCUGAGGAGCAGGCUGAUUUUAGUUUUCCAUGUGACUCUUUCUAGUGUGAAUAUGGGGAGGACAAAUCCUCUUUUGUAGAUACUAUUUUUUUAUUACGUGGCAUGGGUAGACCGAGGAUUAAUCUUCUUUAAGGGAAAAUGAUGCGUUAUCCCUCUUACCCUUGAUGCUCAAAGUCCCGUCCUUAGACUUUCCCCCAGAUUUGACAGUCAUCUGCAAGUUUGCUGCAAUGCUUUUAAACACCUGCUGCAGUUCUUCAUAUUGUUACAGCCAUAGCAGUCUUGCUGCUGGUGGACACCUGUUAAUACAGACUGGCUUUUGUCUUCUGGAGACUUCUUUGGGCCAGGGUUUGAGUUCUACAGAUGAAAAUGCAGCUGGUCUGUAUUGGCAUUGUAUUAUUUCACUUACUAUCAUUGUCCUUUAUAAGCCAAGUGCAAAGCCUUGGACAGAUGUAACAAUAUCUUUGGCACGGUGCUUUUAGUGUCCUCUAAGGAAGUUGAAUGCCUUUAGCAAGAAGCUGCAACAUUCCAUAUGUGAUCAAAAGGCCAAAGCUUUCUUUUUUUUCUACUUUUUUCAAGAAUGUUGCUUCAAAUGAGAAGUGAUUAGCAAGGCAACAUCCUAGGGUGGGGCUUGUAGCUCAUGUCCUGGAAGUGUUUGCAGUUCUCAUCUACUUCCUUGAAUGUAGAAAUCACCUAAGAAGGGAAGGGCUGCUUAUGUGUUCAGGCGUGUAUGUUGUUAGGAGGAACAGAGGCUUUUGAACUUGCACCUCACCUCUCCUUGACCAUUAGAAUGACCUGGGCAUUGAGUAGAAUGUCCAGAUCUUAUUCUCCAGUUGAGCUCUUGCUGCUACAUCUUGCAUUAGCUCCUAAUUUUAAUUGGUAAGCGUGGCAACAAAGUUGUCACCGUUUUACAAUCCUGCGUGAAAGAGCAAGCUGAGGAAGCCCUUCUGUCAGAAUUCUAGUUCAUGUUAUGGUUUUGUGUAGUCCUGUUUCUGGGCUUAUAUUCUUUUGCUGGUUCCAAGGAUAGAGGUCAUUGGAGUAGAAGGUUAGGCUUUAGCAUGCUGGAGGUCAGUAAUUUGCUUUAUGCAUUGUUGCGUUCUUAGGUUACAACCUCUGUAACCUUGACAAAUGCAGCUUGCUAGUUAGGUAGCAGCAGGCUGCACAGUCCCUCCUGUUCCUGAAAUAUGCACGGGACUGGGAAUGCCAGCAAUAUUAUUCAUGUUCAUUGCUGUUUCCAUAUAAAUAUGUUCUCUCAGACAUCAUCUUAAGUGAUAAAACACCCAGUGUUUUCCCAGCUGUUCCUUUGGUCUAAUGCCCCCCAGCAGCUUGAUUCUUUUCUUUGCAUUCAUCCUCAAACCACUUCCUGAUAUCUUCAAGUUGUUUUUCCUUCCUGUUUGUUGUCAGCUGAUCCUUCACUGGGCUCAAUGGCCUGAUUAGCUUCCAUCCAGAUGAUAUACAUAAUUCUCUCUUCUUGUUGAAUUUAGUUGAGUUUGGUUUGAGGGUAUCCCCUCUAUCUUUGUGGAUUUUCGACCUUCUUUCUCUUUUGCCUUAGUAACAGAGGUCACACGCAGAGCUCUUACAGUCAAAUUCCAGGAAGAGAGUUAAAUAUUCUUUUUCAUUUUGGAAGGUAAACGAUUAUAGUUCAUACAAACAAAACAUUUCCUGAGACUGACUGACUGGUACCAACACAACUGCUAAAACAGGUCAAGAAAAGGUUACGUAGAGGUCAAAGGUAGUUUAGGACAGAAUAUGUAUUUCCUGUUAAAUUAUGUGUUCUGGAGAUGCUCCAAAACUUUAUAUCCAAACUAAGUUGGGCUUUUCAGUGAGAGUGUGCUGUAUGUAUUCAAAUACACUGCUUAACACAAGGGUUCACCUGACAGCCUCAGUUGCAAACACGCUCUCUGGACUGUGAUUACCAGGUGGUAAUUGCCAAUAUUUGCUAACGAAGGCUAAUUGCUUGGCUGUGUCGGAGUAACUGAACGUUAUCCAAAAUGCUUUUUGCAGGCUAUAGUGAAUUUUAAAAUGAAUACAAGGUAAUGUGGUUAAGCAGAAUGGUGGAGCAAAUGCUAGAUGCAUUUAAUGCUGUUCAUAACAACAACAAGAAGUUUUAUUUUGGUGUUACUUUUAUUAAUGGGAAGUUGGUGUUUUAAAGUAUUUUUGUACAAAAACGUAUAUGCACAAAGGCAAUACUUUGAUAUUUUUCAAGAAUUCGUAUUUUUAAAUGCUACAGACCAGAGACUGUCAGACAUCGAGACUGAAGUUAGUAGCUUUAAAAAAUGCAAUGUAAGCUUUACUUUUUAUAUUGUAAUAAUAACUUUGUUGUCAAUUUGUUUACAUGUUUGUAGUAGGGAAGGUUUCAUUAUGCAUUGACUUACCUUGAUGCUACCUUGAAUAAACGCUGCUUUGAGCGGGA